CCUUCCACAAGCCUUAUAAUAGUAAUAACUGAAUAAGCCCCAUACAUAUAUAUCUACCUAUACAAAGGAGGUGGAGGAGGAGUAACACCCCUUUUUAUGAGACUGAGCUUGAAACGUAGAUUUCCAUUUUCCUCCAUCGCCGCCGUCACUCUCACCACCUCAUUCUUUGCACCGGUGGCUGAGAGCUAAUUCUUUUGUACUAUAUCACCCUGCAGUUCCACAGUUUCGCUUAUAUCUUAAAUCUGACCUUUUUCUUGCAUUUCUUUAGUCUUUAGCUGCUUGUUCUUCUGUCUCUCAAAUGGCGUCGAUAUAGAAAUCAGUAUUACGUACUGGGUGUUCAUCUUUCUGGGGUUUGAGCAAAAAAGAUUGAAUCUUGGAAGGGGAUAUUACUUUAGGCUAAUCCCCCAAUGGCCCCCUUCGGGUGGUGGGCUAAGGAGAGCCACAUGGGAACCCCUGUGGUUGUGAAGAUGGAGAAUCCGAAUAAUUGGUCAAUGGUGGAGAUAGAAGGUCCAUCUGAGGAAGAUUUUCUGUACCCGGAUGAUGGCGGUGGCAGUGGUGGGUCUAAUCUCUCAAUGCCCGCCGCCGCCCACUACCGGCGGGAGAAGGUCAGGAACAAGAACGCGAAACAGCUGACCUGGGUGCUUCUUCUCAAGGCGCACAAGGCCGCCGGCUGCCUCACCUCCAUUGCCUCCGCAUUUCUCAGCACCGCUUCCGUCGUGCGCCGCCGCGUCUCCUCCGGGAGGACCGACUCCACCGACACCAGCUCAGCCGAGAACCCGGCUGUGAAGAACAGGUUCUUUUCAUGUAUAAAGGUCUUUCUUUGGCUGUCUGUACUGUUGCUAGGGUUUGAGAUUGUCGCAUAUUCUAAAGGCUGGCAUUUCGAUGCUUCGGAUCUUCAAAUACAGUAUCUCUACACUUUGACUGGUCCCUUUGCCGUUCAGGGCGUGUUUGAUUGGAUUUAUUCCAAGUGGGUGUUGAUUAGGGUGCAAUAUCUUGCACCUCCUCUGCAAUUCAUGGCCAACUUCUGCAUUGUCCUCUUCAUUAUCCAGAGUUUAGAUAGAUUAGUUCUCUGUUUGGGUUGUUUCUGGAUCCGGUUUAAGAAGAUCAAACCAAUUCUCAAAGAAGGUCCUUCAGAUCUGGAGGAGGCGGGUGAAGGGUUGGGCGGUUAUUUCCCUAUGGUUCUUGUUCAGAUCCCCAUGUGCAAUGAAACAGAGGUUUACCAACAAUCAAUAGCUGCUGUUUGUAACUUAGAUUGGCCUAAAUCCAAAGUUUUGAUUCAAAUUCUUGAUGAUUCCGAUGAUAUCAUAGCUCAAUCUUUGAUUAAAGAUGAGGUUCAUAAAUGGCAGAAGGAAGGAGCAAACAUUGUGUACAGGCAUAGAGUGAUCAGAGAGGGAUAUAAAGCUGGUAAUCUUAAGUCUGCCAUGAAUUGCAGCUAUGUCAAGGACUAUGAAUUUGUUGCCAUAUUUGAUGCUGAUUUUCAGCCAACUCCAGAUUUUCUAAAAAAAACUGUUCCAUAUUUCAAGGACAACGACGAGCUAGGGUUGGUUCAGGCAAGAUGGUCCUUUGUGAACAAGGAUGAGAAUCUACUAACGAGGUUGCAGCUCAUUAAUUUAGCUUUCCAUUUUGAAGUCGAACAGCAAGUGAAUGGGAUUUACCUGAACUUUUUCGGGUUUAAUGGGACUGCCGGAGUGUGGAGAAUAAAAGCAUUGGAGGAGUCUGGUGGGUGGUUGGAAAGAACGACGGUUGAGGAUAUGGAUAUUGCUGUCCGAGCCCACCUUCAUGGAUGGAAGUUUAUCUUUCUCAAUGAUGUAGAGUGUCAAUGUGAGCUGCCCGAAUCUUAUGAAGCAUAUAGGAAACAACAACAUAGAUGGCAUUCCGGACCGAUGCAGUUGUUUCGUCUCUGUUUGCCUGCUAUCAUUAAAUCAAAGAUCAGCAUAUGGAAGAAAUCAAAUCUGAUAUUCUUAUUCUUCCUAUUGAGGAAGUUGAUACUACCAUUCUAUUCAUUCACUCUUUUCUGCAUUAUUCUUCCAAUGACAAUGUUCAUUCCAGAGGCAACACUCCCCUCAUGGAUCGUCUGCUACAUCCCAGCCACCAUGUCAUUUCUCAACAUACUUCCCGCCCCAAAAUCUUUCCCUUUCAUUGUGCCAUACCUUCUCUUUGAGAACACAAUGUCAGUCACCAAGUUCAACGCCAUGGUAUCCGGACUGUUCCAACUCGGAAGUGCGUAUGAGUGGGUCGUGACUAAAAAAACUGGUCGGUCAUCUGAGGGCGACCUUGCCUCGAUGGUCGAGCAAAAACAAAAACUCCAGAGAGGUGGUUCGGUGCCCGAUUUAGUUGAACUGCGGGAGGAAAUGAAGCAGAAGGAACAGAUCGUGUCUUCUCGGAAGAAGAAACAUAAUCGGAUAUACACGAAAGAGUUAGCACUCGCUUUCCUUCUUUUGACCGCUGCAGCUAGGAGCCUCAUGUCUGCCCAGGGUAUCCACUUUUACUUCCUGCUAUUUCAAGGGAUAUCGUUUCUACUCGUCGGGUUGGACUUGAUCGGUGAGCAGGUCGAAUAGAACAAAAUAUACGCGUAUAAUCGAUAUAUAUAGUUCGUGCACAGACGGUCGAGUUUGGUAGAUCAUGCAUAUAUGAAGCCUGUGAGGGAAACAAUGGAGAGGCGAAAACCGUGUUUGCAAACCACCCUUUGAGGAGGCCAGCCGCAUUGCCGUUUUGUUUAUGACUGCAUUUUUGUGUGUAUGGCCAUCUUCAGUCUUGGAAUGUGCUUCCUUUGGAUUCUUUCUUCUUUUUAGUUUAUUUGGUAUAUUCUUUUGUAAGAAGAAUCUGUCGGUGGAAACAUUUAACACACGUGGGGUUAAGUACUACGGUUGAUAUGUAGGACAUUGCAAUAAUUCUUGUCAUCAAUUUAUUUCAUGAAUGGAUUUUCAUGGUUGAUCCAACUCCAACCCCUGUGAUGUCUA